GUUUUAGAACAAGAACUUCAAGCUUUUAAUCGUGCGAAUGCAGUAAAAAAUUUAAUUAAUGAUCGUCAGUUCUGGAUCGACAUUGAGCAAUUGCGAAAUAUUCUUGGGCCAGUGAAACGGGCCGUAAAAAGCUUAGAGUUUCGAACUACUUUGUUAGCAAACAUAUUUGUUGAGCUAGUAAAAAUGGCUAUAUCAAUUCAAGAAAUUUCAGUUAUAUAUAAUAGCCAGUUUCAGCGUGACUUUCUUGAACAUG